GCGGCGCCGUCUCAGAGGAUUUGUAUGUUUUUCUGUUUUCAUCAAUUUUUUCUUCUCUCCACACUCAGGUCUCUCUGUCUGUUGUGUUCUUUGACUUCCUAAUGGUUCGCAGGCAGCCAACAGACUGACUGGGUGGAAACACGUCUUUUUCUUUUCAUCCCAACAAUAAGACCACUGCUCUUAAUUUGGUAGCCAUUGGGCAAAACUCCCAGACGCUCCCUCCUCGAUAUUCUGCUGCCAUCUGUGACAAAGUUUACAGAGCCGAACAAAGGGGAGACGAAGAGGAAGACUGACUGACUGAUACAGACUGUAGAUGGUACGAGUGAAGUCAAGUGUGAUGUUUGUGGUGGGAACUUCCUGCCUUGGUUGUCCCCCAGCGACACAGUCACUCCACCGUCACGUCGUACCAUGCGGUUUGGUGAGCAGGUAUUUUGUCUGAGAACACGUCAAGCAGCUGAGUGUGUGGGAUGAAAGCGCAAAGAAAGCAAAGAAGAGGAAAAAAUAACCAUGCUGAAGAAUGACCAGCUGGUCUAUAUUGGCCUGGAGCUGGUGAUCGCCUGCCUGGCUGUGACUGGGAACGUCCUAGUCUGCUGGGCCGUCUACCUCAACUCCAACCUGCAGAGCAUCACCAACUUCUUUGUGGUGUCACUGGCAGUGGCUGAUGUUGCUGUGGGGCUGCUGGCAAUUCCCUUCGCCAUCACUAUUAGCACCGGCUUCUGUGCCAACUUCUACGGCUGCCUGUUCAUCGCUUGCUUCGUCCUCGUGCUCACCCAGAGCUCCAUCUUCAGUCUGCUGGCUAUCGCUGUGGACCGCUACAUGGCCAUCAAGAACCCGCUCAGGUACAACAGCUUGGUCACAGGGCCGAGGGCAAAGGGCAUCAUCGCUUUGUGCUGGGUCCUCUCAGUAGGCAUCGGCCUGACUCCGAUGCUGGGCUGGAACAGAGGAUGGAACAGCACAGUUGCCACCAACAGCAGUAACAGCUGCCCUGAAGGCAUGACCGAGUGCCUGUUUGAAGGAGUGGUUACCCUGGACUACAUGGUCUAUUAUAAUUUCUUCGGCUGUGUGCUGGUGCCUCUCAUGGUCAUGCUGGUCAUCUAUGCCCAUAUCUUCAUGGCCGCACGCCGUCAGCUCCGACUGAUGGGGCUCAAAGUUGCACACGCACCCGCUCCUGGAGAAAUAACCUCGUCUUCGAGCUCGUCUCGUUCAACCCUGCAGAGGGAAGUGCACGCUGCCAAGUCACUGGCCAUCAUUGUAGGUUUGUUUGCUAUGUGCUGGCUUCCGCUGCACAUCAUCAACUGUUUCAACCACCUGUGUCAGGACUGUAACCGCCCUCAUAUCUGGGUGAUGAACAUUGCCAUCAUCCUCUCCCAUGCUAACUCUGUUGUGAAUCCCUUCAUCUAUGCCUACCGCAUUCGGGAGUUCAGACAGACCUUCCGGAAGAUCCUGUACCAGCACAUCCUGGGGCACAGGGAUGUACCUGGGUUUGGGGUUGGGAGUGGUGAUGGUAGAGGUAUUAUGAGCAGGAGCAUCACACGGACCUCUUCCUCUUCCCCUAAAGAGCGCUCAUCAUGCGACACAGUGGUAAAUAGUUACAUUCUGGACCACAGUCCUAACCGAACUCCUCCAAAAGCUACUCAUGAGGGCUCUUGCCACUGGACAUCAAAGUUAGACUCUGCACCAAGCAGCUACAUACCCAAUGGACACCAAAUACAGGGUAGCACCCUUUCAGCAACACAACAGCAGCCAUGCAUCAUGGGAUUUGCUGCACAGGAUGGAAUAGAGUCAGUCACAUAUUUGGAGGGGGCAACAGGUGUUUCGGAGCUGAAGGACAGUGGGAGCUGCAUUGCUUUUGUGAAUGUUCAAGCUCUCUCCUUAAAACAGACUGACUGUGUCUGCUCUACAGAGCUUACAGAAGUCUCAUGACAAAGAUAUUUAAGUAUUUAAAACAUAUUUCUAUUGCCAGAAAACAAGUAACAGUCUGCACAUGUGAAAACAUGAAGAAGGAUUAAUGACGCCUCAGCAAAUCAACAGCAGCACUAAAUCUGUUUUUCUCUUUCCGGAGUCACAUGAACUGAUUGCAAGGCAAUAUUUUGGUCUGCUUUACUACUUUGUUCUCAUCAACAAUCUCUCAGAUGGAUCGGAUCUAUAAGCACACAAAAAAAUGUGCUGAUGCUAAAAUUUUUCCAUGAUAAAUAUCAUUUUUUUUAGGUAGUAUGUCUCUAAAACAAUGUGCAUCUUAAUGUGCAGAAUACAAUACUUUCUCAACUCUACUGUACCUUGCAAUUCAUUUUUAAGAGUCUUUAAAUCUUUGAACUGCAUUUAUCUGAUAAUGUAUCUUUGAUAUUGCAUCAUGUCACCUUUUGUAAUGGCCAUCUGUGCCUUGUUUUUACCCA